CAAAGACGACAUGUUGUUCUGAUCGCGGAAAUAAUCGUUGACUGUGGCAUUCAUUGCUUUCCUAUUUGAAUGGCUGUAUAAAUUGCCAUUGUAAUACAAAAUGCCAAUCCAGCUCCCAGUUGGUCCUCUAGACCAGUUCCUUCUCUUCGGGGACAGCAUCACCGAGAAAUCCAAUGACCAGGAACACGGAUUUGCGUUUGCUUCUGCCCUGCAAAAUGCCUAUAUGUUGAAGCUAGAUGUGAUAAAUCGCGGGUUUGGCGGUUAUAACACAAAUAACGCCUUGGAAAUUCUACCUGCCAUCCUACCCGCCCCUUCCCAGGCCCGCGUCCGGUUUCUCACCAUCUUCUUUGGCGCCAAUGACUCUAAUCUUGGCCCGCCUCUUGUGGACACGCAGUACGUGUCCAUCCCGGACUUUACUCAGAACCUUAGAGACCUAAUCUCGCAUCCCCUAAUUGCUGCGCACAAUCCCCCGCCGAAAAUAAUUCUCAUAGCGCCUCCGCCAAUCGAGGAGACGUUCAUUGCCAGGGAAGACGUGAGGAACGGGUAUACGGAGGUGAUGAGAUACAACCGUAAUACUGCGCUUUACGCAGAAGCUGUGACGAAGGUGGGGAAAGAGACGGGGACGCCAGUUGUAGACCUCUGGAGUGUUUUCAUGGCAAAGGCUGGGUGGGUUGGAGGGUACCAUGAGGAUGGGGUGUCGAUGCCAGGAUCAAUUGCUGCGGGCUUCAGUGAUGUUUUGAAAUCAUUUUUAGAUGACGGCCUCCAUUUAACGCCAGCGGGGUAUAAAAUUAUGUUUGAGGAGGUUCUGAAGGUGAUUAGGGAAAACUGGCCAGAUCAGACGCCGGAGGCACUGAAGAGUCUACGUGAUCUGCAUGGACUAAAAUUUUGGUACGAGGUGGAAUAGAAAUUGGUAUGUGCAUUCUCUCUCGAGUAUAUAUAUAGUAUGUGCAUGAAUAUAUACAUCCGUCAACGGAAUAGAACCG